UGCGGUGGUACGCAAGCCGAAAAUCGACUGUUCCGCCCACUUCCUUCUCCGCACCAACCUCACUUCUCCAACUUUUUGUUCGCUUUCAUUGAAUCUGCCUCCAUGAUGGACGAACCAGACCGUCCUUCGAAACGAGCAAAAGUUCUCGCGACAACUACGAAGCACGAGGGCUCUGGCGAAGGUCAUGCGCCUAGUCAUGACGAUAGCACCGAUUCCAUCAGACCCCUAGCUUCGCUGCACCGCUCCAUUACACCUCCAUUAUCAUCCCGCUCCCUCAGGGACCCCGCACCACCGCCGCCACCAGCCCACGACUCCAUAUCCUCCUCGCCAAGUAAAUCACAGCCAUGCAGUCUGGACCAGAAAGUCCUCCCCUCACCCAUCCAACUCACCCACAUCCGAGACUUCUCACCCUCCUCCGGCAACAAUGUCGACACGGUCCGACUCCGCGAUAUCCUAGGCGACCCCAUGAUCCGCGAAUGCUGGCAAUUCAACUACCUCCACGAUGUAGAUUUCCUGAUGAGCCAAUUCGACGAGGACGUGCGAGCCCUUGUCAAGCUGAAGGUGGUGCACGGGUCGUGGAAGCGAGAGGCGCCGAACCGGGUGCGCAUUGAUGAAGCAUGCGCACGAUACCCCAAUGUCGAGGCGAUCGUGGCCUACAUGCCCGAAGCCUUCGGGACCCAUCACUCCAAGAUGAUGGUUCUCUUGCGACACGAUGACUGUGCCCAAGUUGUCAUCCACACGGCCAACAUGAUCCCGGGCGAUUGGGCGAAUAUGACCCAAGCGGUGUGGCGAUCCCCUCUCCUUCCGCUGAGCACGAGGAGAGAUACAGUUGAUCCGAGCGAAAGCGACGACCAUCAACAACUCCCCGGAUCAGGAGCCAGGUUCAAACGAGACCUGCUGGCUUAUUUGGCUGAGUAUGGGUUCAAGAAGACGGGUCCGCUGGUCAGGCAACUGCGCCAGUAUGAUUUUGGGGCUGUGCGGGCGGCUCUCGUUGCCAGCGUGCCGUCCAAGCAGAAGUUGAGCGAGGCGGAUGCGCGGGUCAAGACGCUUUGGGGGUGGGUGGCGUUGAAGGAUGUGUUGAAGGAUGUGCCUCUCGCCGUUUGUGAUAUCAAGAUGGAGGGCAAAGCCAGCUCCGAAGGAAAGGAGAAGGAGAAGAAGAAGAGGCCGCACAUUGUUGUUCAGAUCUCCUCGGUGGCGUCACUUGGGCAAACAGACAAAUGGCUGAGAGAUGUCCUGUUCGCAUCCCUGGCGCCUAAGAGAGAGGCCUCCCAACCGCGGUACUCUAUCGUCUUCCCCACGCCGGAUGAGAUCCGACGCUCCUUGAACGGGUACGGAUCCGGUGGCUCUAUCCACAUGAAACUGCAGAGCGCGGCUCAGCAGAAGCAGCUACAGUAUAUGCGCCCCUUUCUGUGCCGUUGGGCAGGGGAUGAUGAUGAUGAUGAUGAUCAGCAACCCGCCGAACCACGACGCGAAGCGGGCCGCCGACGUGCGGCGCCGCAUAUCAAAACAUACAUCCGGUUCUCUACGGAAGAGAUGGUGACGAUCGAUUGGGCUAUGGUCACGUCGGCGAAUCUGUCUACACAGGCGUGGGGUGCGGCGGUCAAUGCGAACGGGGAGGUGCGGAUCUGCAGCUGGGAGAUCGGCGUGGUGGUGUGGCCGGAGUUGUUGACCAGAGGAUCACCGGACACCGAUACCACUGCUCCUACAAAGACAGUGAUGACGCCGUGCCAUCGAACAGACACCCCCGCUACCGCUGCAGACGAUGCCGCCGUCACAGUCGGCUUCCGGAUGCCAUACGAUCUCCCUCUAACCCCGUAUCACGCAGAAGACAUCCCCUGGUGCGCCACAGCCAGUCACAGCGAGCCCGACUGGUUUGGACAGACAUGGGAAGGUUGA